CGUCAGUUGGUGACGCUGUGUCUCUUUGUUGGCUUAGCAGCGGCGACGUUUUGUUGUUAUUUUCGCUGCAGCCAAAAAACAGGCUCGGAUCAUUUUGGUUUUCGUAUUGUUCCGUAAUCAACAUUCCUCACACUAUAGACUUAGGUGUGCCUUUCACAAGUUGAUAACCACCCUAGGAAUGGACUCAGACGAGGGUUAUAACUAUGAAUACGACGACGAAGAGGAGGAAUGUAGCGAGGAUAGCGCCGAAGAGGAGCCCGAGGACGACACCCUGGAGCUGGGAGAGGUGGAGUUGGUCGAUCCCGUUGUGGCCGGUGGAGAGCGAGACGAGUGCGGGGAGACUGGUGGAGGUGGUCACGGUCCUGGCGAGGAAGAGGAAGAGGACUACCGCUUCGAGGUUUUGACUGCCGAGCAGAUUCUCCAGCAUAUGGUGGAGUGUAUCAGGGAGGUCAACGAGGUCAUCCAGAAUCCUGCGACAAUAACGCGCAUACUUCUCAGUCACUUCAACUGGGAUAAAGAAAAGCUCAUGGAAAGGUAUUUUGAUGGGAAUCUGGACAAGCUUUUCUCUGAGUGUCAUGUCAUUAACCCCAGUAAGAAGCCUCGCAUCCGUCCUCCAAUCAACACUAGAUCGUCGGCACAAGACAUGCCAUGUCAGAUCUGCUACCUGAACUUCCCCAACUCUUAUUUUACAGGCCUGGAGUGUGGACACAAGUUCUGCAUGCAGUGCUGGGGAGAUUACCUGACCACCAAAAUCAUAGAAGAAGGAAUGGGACAGACCAUUUCUUGCCCUGCCCAUAGUUGUGACAUUUUGGUCGAUGACAACACAGUCAUGCGCCUCAUAACAGAUUCUAAAGUGAAGUUGAAGUACCAGCAUUUAAUUACAAAUAGUUUUGUAGAGUGCAAUCGACUGUUAAAGUGGUGCCCUGCACCAGACUGCCAUCAUGUUGUCAAAGUCCAGUACCCAGAUGCCAAGCCAGUGAGGUGCAAGUGUGGCCGUCAGUUCUGCUUCAACUGUGGAGAGAACUGGCAUGACCCCGUCAAGUGUAAGUGGUUGAGAAAAUGGAUAAAGAAAUGUGAUGACGACAGUGAAACUUCAAACUGGAUUGCAGCAAACACUAAGGAGUGUCCAAAAUGCCACGUGACCAUUGAAAAAGAUGGUGGCUGCAAUCACAUGGUUUGUCGGAACCAGAACUGCAAAGCUGAGUUCUGCUGGGUGUGUCUGGGUCCAUGGGAGCCCCACGGCUCAGCCUGGUACAACUGCAAUCGCUACAAUGAAGAUGAUGCGAAGGCAGCCAGAGAUGCUCAAGAGUUCAAUGCUUUGUUACUGCAGCGCUCCAGGGCCGCCCUGCAAAGGUACCUGUUCUACUGCAACCGCUACAUGAACCACAUGCAGAGCCUGCGCUUUGAGCACAAGCUCUACGCUCAGGUCAAGCAGAAAAUGGAGGAGAUGCAGCAGCACAACAUGUCCUGGAUCGAGGUGCAGUUCCUGAAGAAGGCCGUGGAUGUGCUGUGCCAGUGCCGCUCAACACUCAUGUUCACUUAUGUCUUUGCCUUCUACCUCAAGAAGAACAACCAGUCCAUUAUUUUUGAGAAUAACCAGGCAGACCUGGAAAAUGCCACCGAGGUACUCUCUGGCUACCUAGAGCGGGAUAUCUCCCAGGAUUCCUUGCAGGACAUCAAGCAGAAAGUACAAGAUAAGUACAGAUACUGUGAGAGCAGGCGAAGAGUGCUGCUACAGCAUGUGCAUGAAGGCUAUGAGAAGGACCUGUGGGAGUACAUUGAAGAUUGAGGACACGUCCCAAUGCAACGGACUCUUGAGUAUCUUGACAAACUAGAGCGCUGAUGCAAUUUCCUUUGGCAAACCAACCACCAACCACUUUUGCAUCAUUUUCCUGGAUUUCUUUAACAAAAUCUUCAAAAUAAAUUAUAUUUAAAUGAAAGGUAGAGUAAUAAAAAAAGUGUACUACAGUAUUGUUAGAAACCAAGUGGAGUCUUGAAAAAGCAGAAAAUCCAUCUUAAACAAAUGCAUUGUUUUGGCUUGUAUUGUAACACCUCCCCUGAACUAUCUUAUUUUCCUUUUGUUUUUCUUUGCUUGUGGAUCGUUUUGAUUUUGAUUUAUGUUUACCAUUUGUGUGAAAAUGUUUUCAACACAGCUUUAAUUGUCCUCGCCAUGUCUGCAAUAUCUGGUGAGAUCCUUGUCUGAUUGGUUGAAUGUUGAUAGGUUGAUUGCAAAGGGGCAUAGACAUUUCAGGGGGGAAAAAAAACAUCAGAAGAACAAAAGCAAGUCUGUAUUUUCCAAUUUGUAAAUAGUUGAUAUGCAUGGGAGUUAAAGAGCAAGAGUGGCACGUGUUUGCAUAAUUUUGAAAUUUAGACAUGUUUAUUCUUCACCAAUAUUGAGAAGGGUUUACUUUUGCUAUGUAAGCAGAGUCUGUCUUUUUCCUCCAUAGUGUGUGGGAGCUUGGAUGUCUUUGGCAAAAGGGCGUUCUUCUUAUCAUCCUCAGUCUCUUCAGAGCAGUGUACAAGUUGCACCUUCUCAGUAACCGAAUGGCGAAGAAUAUCUCUCAAAUGUCCGGUAAUCCGAUAAGAGUACUCCGUUAAAAGAGCAUAGCCGAGUUGGUAAAGCAAGAGCGGAACGCGCUCUACGGUUCAAAGUUAGGGUAGAAUGCACCGGCCCUGUGUCCCUCUAUUCUAACCUUUCUCCGUACCCUCUUAGUUGUUUUAGAGGUGUUAAACAUUGAAGUACAUUACUAAUUAUUUGCAAGAGCCAAACUGAGUGAUAUUCACUCUUCUUCCCCCCCCCCCUCUUUCCCGACGUGGCUUGGCGCGGCCCACUUAAAGCUCAGCUUGCACCGUGGAAUGAGAGUAGUGGAAUGUACCGACAGCACAUCUUCGUCGUGCUGCUAAUUGGGCCGGAUCGCUGUCCAACAGGGUCAGGCAUUUGCAUCGCUCGGGCAGAGAGACCGGUCCACGCUUUAGACCAAGCUACACGGAUCCUUAGACAGAUGAGCAAUACAGGACAAACUUCUGAGCGGUUGUGGGACUGUUUUUAUAAUGCCGUUUAUGCUUUUGCAUUGAAAACUGUUUAUUUUUUUUGUUUUUUUUUCGCACACGAAUUGAGGAGUCGACUUUGAGAAGUCAGUGCCCCUCCAGAUUUUGCGUAGUUCUAUGAGGUGGAUAGUCUGGUUGUCGAGCUCUGCUUGUGAAUCCUCGUUCAUGUCUCUGCAAUAUCGCCGUCUUAACUAGAUGGACUGGAAGGCCCUGCUGAUGCGAGUCGGAAGAUGACACCAAAGUGUCAGCGGUCAUUAAACAAACGUCCUUUAACCCAGUUUCAGAUCUUCUGGGAAUUCUCUCCCAAAUGCUUCUAAUGUGUUAAAACUAUUAUUUUAUCCUAGAAAAUUAUAAACUGUAUUGUUUAUUUGAAUAAAUGUCAUAAGAAAUCUCAUUUUCGGGAGUACUGUGUGAGUCAUUAGAGUAGGUUUGGUCUCAAUCAUAUUAAUUACCUAAUCAUCUGUGAUGCACUUCUGCAUUAUGUAUUUUACGAUGUAGUUUACGACAGAUGUCGGCAAAGCUCUGUAUUCUGCAAUUUGUGUGGAAUUCAUUUGCUGACUCUUUGAAUAACUUUGAUUUUACGCUAUGUUUGGCUUUUUUGUACCACUUUUAUUUGCAGUGUGAUAAAAAUCAGUUGGUUUGUAUGAUGUCACUCUUGAAUUCAUUUUGUCUGAAGUCACACACCACUGAUGAUGACACGAGUUGAAGGAACAGGAUCAAAAGAUGCAGUAAUACCAGUUCCAGCUGUGAUCAUUUGGCUAAUGUACUCUCCAGGGCUCACUGUUUUCAUUGUGUCUGCUAGUAGUUAAUGCACAUUUCGAUAUAUAACGUGAGGUAACAAGCAGCUACUUACAUUAAAUUGAGACAUCCCAAAUCUUUUAAUACUUUUCUACAUAUCUUUUCUUUAUGCUAUCAGAGGUGUUUUUCCUAUUAGUGUAAAAAUGUGGGAAGAAUUAGUUGUCUGUUUUGGAGAAAAUAUUAAAGUGCAAAAUGUUGCAACAUC